AAAAUGGUGUGGUCUUGAUUUCAAAGUGUACGUCGAUUUUCUUCAAUUUGUUUACACGUAAAGCUGUAUCCCUCUUCCCAAAAUAUGUCUCCAGAACGGCCCAGUUCGGCGCAAAGCGAAACGGGCGCCCAACCCCAACAGCGAAUGUCGGUACCGGGCAGCCCAAUUGCCUUAACGCCGAUGCACAACGCCCAAUCGCCCAUAUCCAUUCUAUUAGCAGUCGCCCAAAGCCAAAAAGGCCCAGACGACGAUCUGACUAGCUUAUCAUGGCUGCAUGAAGGUGACAUUCUAAAAGGCAUGAACAUCAAUACGUCACCUUUGAACAGUUCAAAUUCGACGCCAAUCAAAACGAGUGUCCAGUUUCUUCCCGACCAAUCGCCGACAAGUGAUUACGUUGACGAUUCUUCCAUUGGUACCCCGGAGUCUUCCACUUAUAGUGCUGUCAAUUCGCCUACACCAAGAGGUCAUAAUAAUAAUUAUCCUACAGGAAAUCAGAGUAGUAGUAGUAGUCGGAGCACAAUACCGUACGAUCCACAAAUCCACAUCCAAAACAAACCGCCGUACUCGUUUUCCUGUUUGAUAUUUAUGGCUAUUGAGGAUUCGAAACAGAAAGCGUUGCCGGUCAAAGAAAUUUACGCCUGGAUCGUCGAUCAUUUUCCUUAUUUCCAGAACGCGCCUACGGGAUGGAAGAAUAGCGUCAGGCAUAAUUUGUCGUUGAAUAAGUGCUUUCAGAAAGUUGAAAAGGCACCAGUAAGUACUAAAAAUCUAGGUAAAGGUUCCCUUUGGACCGUCGACCCCCAAUUCAAGCCUAACUUAAUCCAAGCCCUGAACCGAUCGCCUUUUCACCCUUGCUCGGCCAUCGAUCCCAGUAUUUAUCUGAUGCCCAAAGCCAACCAGUCUUCGGUAAAAGAAGAACGAAAUAAAAGCACCAACAUACCCAAUCCUGAUUUGUUUCCGUAUUUGAGCAAGAAAAUGAACGGCAAUGGAGGGCAAAGAAUUAAAACUGAACAGGAAGAAUCUUUGGACGCUGCAGAUGCUGCCGCAGUGAUGUUGAGCCUCAAGCACGCUACUAGGAUUAAUUUUUCGCAUAAUUUACAAAUUAUUAGUACUUCCCCUAGUCAGGAUCAUACUUAUAGUGCUGCCGACAGUGGCGAUAAUGAGGACGAAGCUUUUGAGAGCGACGAAGACAAAAGUAGAAUAAAGCUGGCAAGACGUAAAAUCCAAUUCGAAGACGCGGAAGAACGAAGAAUCAAAGAAGAAGGCGCCCAAACUCUACUAAACUUGGCCGGAGUUGCUACUUUGAAUUUGAAAAGAUCAAUUCCUACAACCAAUGAGGAAAACGAACCGACACCGAAACUGAUCCGAUACAGCCACCACCAACCGGAAAAUUCCUCCUCGGAAGAGGAGCCGCAAAGGCACGUGCCUUUCAAGCCACGUUUGUUGAGAACCAAAAGAAAGGAAAACGCUUCGCCUCGGAAGAUUUUCAAUAACAACCAAGACGAGUGGCUGAGGCACAGACGCGAACUCGAUAUCGACCAAUCGAGGUAAUAAAUAGAAAAUCGAAAUUAUUGUAGUAGCAAGAAAAAAUAUUGUCAGGUUAUACAUAUUUUUUUUUUUUUUAAUUAAUUUUAUUAAAUAGUAAUUGUUACUUUAGGGAAAAAUGAAUUAGUUAUACAUAUAAAUAAUUAUUAUUGUGUAAAUAUUGUUUUGUUUGACAAAAUGACCACAAGAGGUAGAUAGUUUUCCCUAGGGUAACUUUUUUUUUGUUAUUUUUUUUUUUUAAUUUAGGAAAAAAAAUAUUGCGGUAAGGUCUUCCAUUGUUUGGGUUGUUAUAUAUUCAAAUUAGUUAAAUGAUAAUAUAUCAUUUGAAAUUUUGACUGAAACUUCAAACUCAAUUUUCUCAAAAAUUGUCGUAAACGCUAACGAUUUCAGCUAAAUACCAUCUGAAAGUCCUUAUCAACAGCUACAAUCCCUGGAAAUUUUGUCCCAGUACCGAUUUUGGUUACCGAGAUAUUGAAGUUUGAAGUUUUGGAAAUUAAAUUCCAAAGGGGGGUAGCAUUAGAAAAAAAUGCAAAAAAUUGAAAAUGUUUAUUUUUAGAUUUUUCUAAAUUCUGACUUCAGAAAUCGAUAGAGCGAGUCCAAAUUAGUCAGAAACAACUCUAUCAGUUACAUUUAACAAUUUCGAUGAGAAAAUAAAAUUUAAAAGGAAAUCGCAUUUUUGGCUCAGAAAUUUUUUUGAAAUCUUGAUACGCUCAUGAAUAAUUGCCUAUAUCUUUUAUGACUUUCGUGAAAAUUGCUUAUAAUUAUACAGGGUGUCCACUUAGUGUGAUAUCGGACGAUAUCUUCUUACAGGGUGAUGCAAGAAAAAAAAAUUUAAUUACAAAGUUGUUUGAUACUCUAUUAUGCAUUAGUUAAAAAUAUUUUUGAGAAUUUCAUACAUCUGUCAAAACUAGUAUUCCAACAAUGAACUGACAUGUUUUGAUUGUUGAUUUGAACCAAUCAGAUUGUAAUUACGCGAUAAUUUGCACUAGUGCAAAUUAUCAGAUAAUUGCAUAGUAACUGGUGCGAAAACUGGUGUUUUGCCAUUUUUUCACAAAAAAUUUAAAUUUUUGAUUUAUGAAAUUCUCUCAUUAAAUACAACUCGUGCAAUGGAAAUAUAUUUAUAAUUUUCGACAAAGGACCCCGCACACUUCUUAUGGGAUUUCUGACCGCGGUCAAAUUUCACCAAAUUUUAGUAUGUUAUAGAUCUGACCUUUGUGAUCAAUAACUACCAUGGGCUCAACUCAAUCCUAUAACUAGUUUUUGAGAUACAGGGUGUCCAAUGUGUGAAUGUCCAAUAUGCAUUAUUACACCAUGGAACGCAUUUUCGAUGAAUAUUACUAUUUUUACGAUAGUUGUUAUUAAUUUUAUUAAUAAUAAUAAUAAUAUAGAGGCUGUCAUCAUCAUUAUAGAUGAUCACUCGAUACCGAGUAUGAUUAUCUACUAUUCUUAUUGUCAUCGAUUAUGAGUUUUCUGAUGGCCAUAUAUACAUUCACGAAUAUCUGUCAUUUUUCAGGAAUAACCCUGACUUCUUAGUUUUGGGAAAAAUUAAUUAGGAUCCUAUUAGGGCACAGAAGAAUGCAUUAGUUGUAAAUCCAUCAUAAACUAAGGCUAUUUUGUUUGGAAGGAAUAUAGAUGCGAGAGAUUAGCUGCUUGCAGGUGUUGAGGCAUUGUUGCUAGAUCCUGCUGUAUCUUUUACAGGGCAUGUUAGUGCAUUUUGUCACAACACAUGUUUUAUUUUAAAGAAGUUUUAUGAAUUUGAACAUCUUCUUCCUACUAAUACCAAAAUCAUGUUAUUA